AUGGCCGGCCCAUCGGGAAUUUUGUUUUUGCUCGUCAUUGCAAUGCCCGCAUUUCUAGCCCUCGCCGACACUCCUCACCCAUACUGUGACCGUCCAUGCCAAAAUGAGCUUAGCUUGCACAUGUACCUGCACCAAUUUGUUGCUGGUCCAAACUGCCCAAACCGCAAUGAAGAAUUUGUCUUAACCCCAGGUUAUCCUCUUGGUUUUGGCACAACCCUCAUCCAUGAUUGGACCCUAACCAAUACAGUGAAUCCCAGCGAUACUAUUAUUGCACGCGCACAAGGCACACAUAUACAGGCGAGUAGAACCAAUGCUAACGGUUGGUACAUCUCUCAAAACAUAGUUUUUCAGAGUGGAAGGUUUGCUGGAUCUACACUUCAGGUGAUGGGGACUUUAACUAAGCAAAGUGAGGGACAGUGGUCCGUUAUUGGAGGGACUGGAGAAUUUACUAAGGCGCAUGGUACUAUAAAGUACAAAAUGGACCCUGCCUCUAACAUCGAGGACGGUAUUAGAGAGCUUGAUAUUCAUCUAAUAUACACCCCAAAUUACCCACAAGCUACUCACUCUGGUACACCACCUCUUGCAAAAUUGUUGGGUGGCUGUCAUGCGGUCGAUAAUUGUUGCUGCAAGAAAUACUGA